AGAAACAUCUGUGAGCUGCGGCAGCCUGCAGUCCUGGGGUGGAAGGUGCACCCCACACAUCUCUGGAGGAAGGUGGAGAAAUCUUCCUUCUUGGUCCUUCUGCUUCUGAAAGGCAUGAAAUCCUUGCCAGGCAAAGGCUAAGCCUCGCUCUCCGCCAGGAUUUAUGGAGGUGCUGAGGAGCAGCUCUGAGCCCUGCAGCCCCCAGCAGCCCACCCCGUGAAGCAGCGCCCGGCCGCCUCACCUCAUCUCGCCCGACAUCCCAACCCUCCGACUCAACCAUUCAAGGCUCCUGUGCAUGGAUCGCCCCAGCGAGGGACCGCUGCCAGACGCCGCCGACGCCGCCCCGUAGGCUCCCGGCCCCCCGUGCCGCCCCCAAGUACUCCACAUACCCCGAUGGGGUAACGUGACGGGGGUCACCCUCCCGCCACCGCCACCCCCCAUAUGCAGAGGCCUUUCUAGAGCGCCAGGGAGCACGCGGCACCGGAGGCGGAAGCCACUCGCCGUCGCACACACACCGAGGAAGCCAACACUACAGCAAAGGGAUUUUUUUUUUUUUUAUUAUUAUUAUUAUUAUUAUCAUUAAUAUUAUUUUUCCCAUCUGGAUUUUUCCCCCCGGGGGCUUGCGGUGUGUCAAGGAAGCCGGCGCGCUCCCAGGAGCUGGGAUUAUUUGCACAACAUCUGUAUAUUGAGUUCUCGAUCCUGUUUUAGUUUUAUUUUUUAAGCGCAGAGGGGUUGUUGGUUUUCUUUUUUUUCCCCUCCACGCCACACUUUUCUCGGAUUUUUUCCCUCACUGCCAUCAGCACCACCUCACCCUCCUCCCACCCUACCAUGGCCCGGAUGAACCGCCCUGCGCCGGUGGAAGUCUGCUACAAAAACAUGAGGUUCCUGAUCACCCACAACCCCACCAAUGCCACUCUCAGCACCUUCUUGGAGGACCUGAAGAAGUACGGUGCCACCACGGUGGUGCGAGUGUGCGAAGUGACCUAUGACAAGACCCCCCUGGAGAAGGAUGGCAUCACCGUCAUGGACUGGCCAUUCGAUGAUGGAGCACCUCCUCCAAGCAAGAUAGUGGAAGAUUGGCUCAACUUGCUGAAGACCAAGUUCUGCGAAGACCCUGGCUGCUGUGUGGCCGUGCACUGCGUGGCUGGCUUGGGGCGUGCUCCUGUCCUCGUCGCGCUGGCCUUGAUCGAAAGUGGGAUGAAAUACGAAGACGCCAUCCAGUUCAUCCGACAGAAGCGCAGAGGAGCCAUCAACAGCAAGCAGCUGACGUACUUGGAAAAAUACCGACCAAAGCAGAGACUCCGAUUUAAGGACCCUCAUAACCACAAGAACAAAUGCUGCAUCAUGUAACCUCAAUGACCUCUUGCCAAAAUCCGUGCACACAGACACCCGGGCACUCACACGCAUCCCACCCCCUCACCUCCUCGCCCAGCCCCCCUGCACCCCACGCACUACCCCACUGACAGGGCUGGGUUGGGGGGGACAUGGAGCACCACCGACAUGUUCCAGCACCCACAGCACAGUCGUCUUGCUGGACCCCUGAAAAAGGCUGCUGUCUCCAGCUCCAGCCCCGAAGAGGGAAGGCAGCGCUGCCCUUUGACUCUUGGCAUUAACAGGCAAUGAGCUCACAUGAUGGUUCUUCAUCGCCUUCCUCUUCCUCCCUUUCCCCUCCCAUUGCACUGAGGGGGAUGCGCGGAUGGUUUGGGGUGAUGCAGGCAGGGCUGUGCCAGCUGAGAAGGGAUGGGGAGCAGGAGGGCCGGAGCAUCCCCAGCAAAACCGUUUCCCACCUCUUCCCUAUAAAUAAGGGCUGCAGCAGCAGGGAUGGAGGUGGGGAUGGUGCAGUGACCUCGAGGGGAAGAUGGUGAUAGCAGGGAGAGGUGAAGGGGGCUCAUAGCUUGGUGCUGGCCUUGUGGCCACAGGAAGGGCUGAGGUAAGACCCCCAGCACCAUUCCCUUUCUCCUGGCUCCUCUGCCACUUCGUCUCCCUGUUGCCUUGAUGCCAGUCAGGAUACUGCAGAUGGGGCUUGUUGGGUGCUUGCUGCAGUGAAGGCAGAGGUGCUGGGAAGUGGGAACCGUGGAGGGCCUUUGAGGCACCCAGCUUUGCCAGGGUGCAGGGUCAGCACUGGGUCCCCCAAAGUGUGGGGUGCUCUUAUUUAUAGCUUCCAAAUUCAAUGCACAGAGUGGUGGGUUCUCUCCUAUCAUGUCCCCAUCACCAAGCUGCGGCACAAACCCCAAAUCUGGCUGCAGUGCCCUGGGGAUGCAACGCGUAUCUGUCCUUUACUGCUGCGUUUGCUGUCCAAGGGGCUGGGCCGCAGCUUCCCUGCGGGAUUUCGGGUGCUCCUGGCAGGAGCACAUCACCAAGUUUUGCACCUGCCUUUCCCACACCCGGUGGCUUCUGUAACCCAAAACCCCCGGCACGUGCCCUGGUGGAGUGGACUCAGAGCUGCCCCUGAGCCAGGACAUUAAACAUCUCUCUACUUUCUGCCUUUGAACGUUUGCAGCAGCUGGAGCAGUGGGCAUGUAGGGGGCGUGGGGAUGUUUUUUCUUUUGACGAGGAUAAGAAGAAAUUUGCUAAUUAAACAAAAAAAAAAACACUUCUAAAAAAACCUGUUUGUCUUCCGCACGUCCUCUAGCCUUUGUUUCUCCCAUCGCUGCCUGGUGGAGCUAGGGAGGUGACCCAUGGCCCCCCAGACUGAUCCCCGGCACCAGGUCACAGCCAGCUGCCAUUCACUGUCACCAGGGCAUAUGUGUGGCCCAAGGGAUGCUCCAGGUAUCCUUUGGGCUUGCUGCUGCUCACCCCCUCAGCUGCAGAGGAUCACAGAUGUUGGGGCAAGGAGGGCUAGUCAUCCAGCAUCUUGUGGUUUCAGGCUGCGCAAGUUGAGAUACCUUCGGUGCCCUGUGUUGGGUUUCUCCAAAGGUUUGUGUGCCUUCCAAAACAUAGUAUCCAGAGACACUUGCUUCAGAGGGUUCAUAUCUUGGGAUAAGCAGUGAGGAAGGCUAGUUAGACACUGGGUUCCUGCAGAAGAGUAGAGGAUGGCUUCGUGCCACCACAUGUGGGUAGAGGAGCUCGCAGCCGUUUCCAGCACCACUCAUAAUAGGAGCCAGCCCCACCACAUGGCAGAGACAGCCAUCCCAUGGGAUGGGUCAUGGUGCCGAGUGAGGUGGAGACCCUCCAUGCACAGCCCCGGAGCUGUUAUACCACACACCUCGGGCCUGUCUAAGGCCCCACAUUGUAGGACAACCCUUGAUCCCUUGAGUUUCUCCUGCCCCAUUCCAGGUUGUUGGUUCCUAUGUCUUGUGUGGAAGGUGGCAGUGGUUGAAGGGUCUGCAUUGGUUGGGAAGAGUGAAAAACUGGGCUGCUAAAAAGGCCUGAUCCUGUAUUGCAGCAGUCCUGCUGAGUGGGUCACCAUCCUCUUUCUGCCCUGUUGUGUCCUCCUGCUGCUAAUAUAGGUGCUGCUUCUUCCCCAGGGGCAGUAGGAGGUGGCUUGGCAUUGUGACAGGGACAGCCCCAAUCCCUCUUAACCAGGACACCUCAUGGUCUCAUGUGCUCCCCAGUCACAGCAGGCUGUGCCAUGACUUGUGAAGAGUUUAGGAUAAAGCGGUGAGAACCAUUGCUUUGCAGGCUUGGAGAUGUUUCUGUCCUGGCAAGAGGAGGAGAAAUGUUUUCCUCGCCGAUGCUCGUGGGAACAUUGCAUGGCAGAUUGCCCAGGGCAAGCGGUCCAGGUUUUCAGCCAUGAUGCUGUCAAGCUGGGGUGAGGAUGGGGACAGGGGCUUGAAUUCAGCCUCCUUUGGCCACAGGAACUCCUCACCUCCUCCAUGCAGUGUUUGAUAGUGGAAGUGCUCAGUGCUGAGCUCUGAUGAAAGUACACUCAAAUCUCAGCUUGGUGGGCUUGUUGGGGGGAACACAGCUGGGGGACAGGCUUUGCAGUCCUCCUUUGCUUUAUGUAGCAUCAGCCCAACCACCUUAAAAAUAGAGAGCUUCUAGGGUAAGAACAGUCCUUGACCUGGUACAAUCCAUGUGGCCAAAUCGUGAGCACCUCUGACUGGUAGAGUGGCAUCUUGAUACUCCAGUUUUUGAGUCACCACCAAAAAAACCCCAAAACCAUGCCAAUUGUACUAAAUUUUUUAUUUUUUUAAUGGAUGUCUACCCUUUAUCCUGGAACUGGCUGUCACCUCCCAUGUGCUGCUCCAUGGACAGGACACCUUGGCAGCCCAGGAGCUGCCAUCCUUGCAUGGAGAGCCUGAACCCACUCCAAGGUUUCUCUGGGUUGGACUGCCAAAUAUUUGGGAUUUUUUUGAUGUGGACUUGGGCUCCUACCUCUGAGGUACCAGCUCCCCAGUGUUUCAGCCUAGAGAGGGUCACAGAAGCGUAAUGGGCUGGGGAAAUUGUGGGGUCUUCCAACCAGGUUUUGUGUUAGGAAUCUCAAAGAAGAGCCCAGUUCCCUCACAAAAAUCUUGGGACAGUUGGGGAACAGGGAAAGUUGGAGCUCAGUAGACACAUAGCCCAGAGCGAGGCCUAAGUGGCCAAGGGCUCAUGCUUUGGGCUGGUUUCGAGGUCUCCUCAUAUGCUAAUCCUUGUUCUGCCUCAUGCCAAGAUGUUGAAAGGAAAGCCUUAAAAAUCUGAUGUAUUUGCUGAUUCUGUAAUUGCUCCAGUUGUCUCCACUGGGUCUUGGCAGAUGCCAUUGGGAACAGACACCGCCAUGGCUUUGGCUAUAAACCAACCACCUUAUCCUGCCCUUUUCUGCAGAAGCAAAGGCACAGGCUGGGUUUUAUACCUCCUCACUCCUAUGCACCUCCCUCACCCCCUCUAUGGAAACGCACCAUCUUUCCAUAGUUUGCAGGGAGAGGGCUCCAAACCAGUAACAAGAGCUUUGGAGACCCAAUGGAUGGCAAAGCAGAGAUGCCCUAACUCAAACCAAGAGCUUAUAGGCUUUGCCCAGGAAUCAGUCAUGGCCGAACCUCACAUGGGGGAAUAAAUCUGAGCAAGAAGUCGUAGUCCCCUCACUGGUGGCACACAUGUGCCCUUAUCUGCAUUUUGGUUAUAAGGCUCGUGUGUCCCUUCCGUUCUCUAUGUUUGCCAGUUGGAUGGAGUGCGUGGUGGGAGCAGCGGUGGGAAGGAAGGUAACGAGGCUGUCACAAAUGGCCAGCUCUAUUUAAGAAAGGUCUGGUGACACGUAUUUAAAGACUUCACAUUUGUAAAUUCAUAUUAGAAUUUUGCAAUAAGGCUGACACUGUGGUGCUCGGACUGAGAAAUUCAGAUGAGGAGGUUUAUGAGUAACAGAUUUCCCGAGGAAGCAGAGAGUUUUGCUCUAUCUACAAUAGAACAAGUCGUUUUCUUUUUUUUUUUUUUUAUUGGGUUUGUUUGGUUUUUAUUAGUCCCAGUGGGAAAGCGCACAGGGAGAUUCGUGACUUCCAUGCAGUUUCCAGGGUCUUAUAUCGUAUUUGCUUCCAGCAGGGCUGGGUAGGUGCAGUUUGGCGGGUGGAUUUGGAUGGGAUACUGUCUGGUGGGAGAAAAAUGUGGCUGGUUUCUUUGCGCAGUGGGGGGUCACGGGCCAGCUGCGGUCCCGCUUGCAGGCUCUGGCAGACAUUCCCGGGGAGGGGGGCAUUUCGCCGUGCUAGGCUUCCCUUUAGAUGACGAUCUCCCAAUGAACUCUAGACUUCCCUGCUGUUUCUUUCUGUGCAACAAAGAACUACAUAUUUUCCUUUUUAACUCCGUGGGCAAUCGUAGUAGUAUUUAGAUUAAGCCCAGAUGACUUUUUUUUUUUUUGUCUGAGCCAUAGCUAAAUUAUUAUACCCAAUGCUUUUUGUAUCAGAUGGCAUCACUUUGAAUAUGCAGAUGAGGUAUAGGAUCUUGACACUUUAUAACCUUUUUAAAAAGAAACUUGUCUGUUUACUUAUGAUUUGUGUAAAAAGGAAAAAAAAUGUAUGCCUUUCAGUAUCACUUUUUUUUUUUUUUUGAGUUUUAUGAAAUUACGGUGGUUUCACUCCAGCAGCGAAAUAAAAAGCAUUCACUGUUUUGUA